CCUGGCCUCCCCUAUUUUGGUAAAGGCAUAUAGCCGAACCUCACCAGUCCGCUGAUUCAGCCUCAUUGAAAUUUAUUUAUUUAUUUUAAUGACUAUAAAUGGAGUAAAGACGUCAUGCAAACAAUUGUGUCUGCUGGGCUGAACCAUUCCAAUACGGCAAGAGACAACGGAGGAGAAACCCCAGGGAAAGGCAUGGCGCUUGUAACUACUCAAACUGUCAACGAUGGCCCUUUGUUCGCCGAGGUUGAUAUGGGCUCCGAUAACACCACCACCACUGUCCGAGCCACCGUCGUUCAGGCCUCCACCAUUUUCUACGAUACACCCGCCACUUUAGAUAAGGCUGAGAGGUUGCUGGCUGAAGCCGCAAGCCAUGGAUCCCAGCUGGUUGUGUUUCCAGAAGCAUUUGUGGGUGGCUAUCCCCGCGGGUCCAGCUUCGGUGUUGCUGUUGGAAAUCGCACGGCUAAGGGUAAAGAGGAGUUCCGCAAGUAUCAUGCUGCAGCCAUUGAUGUCCCAGGCCCCGAAGUUGAUAGACUGGCGGCAAUGGCUGGGAAGUACAAGGUUUAUUUGGUGAUAGGUGUGAUAGAGAGAGAUGGCUACACGCUAUAUUGUACUGUUCUUUUCUUUGAUCCUCAAGGUCGUUACCUUGGAAAACACAGAAAAGUUAUGCCAACAGCAAUGGAGCGGGUUAUCUGGGGAUUUGGGGAUGGAUCAACCAUCCCAGUUUUCGAAACUCCCCUUGGAAAAAUAGGCGCUGCCAUUUGCUGGGAGAACAAAAUGCCUCUUUUGAGGACAGCCAUGUAUGCAAAAGGUGUUGAGAUAUAUUGUGCACCUACUGCUGAUGCUAGGGAUGUGUGGCAAGCAUCUAUGACCCAUAUUGCUCUUGAAGGUGGAUGCUUUGUUCUGUCAGCAAACCAGUUCUGCAGAAGGAGAGAUUACCCACCUCCUCCCGAGUAUGUUUUCUCAGGCACAGAAGAGGACCUGACACCAGACUCUGUGGUAUGUGCUGGGGGCAGCGUCAUUAUAUCACCCUCUGGGGUUGUUCUGGCAGGACCCAAUUAUGAGGGGGAGGCUCUGAUCUCAGCAGAUCUUGAUCUGGGAGAAAUAGCGAGGGCAAAGUUUGAUUUUGACGUGGUUGGACACUACUCAAGGCCUGAAGUGCUGAGCUUGACGGUGAGGGACCAUCCAACAAACCCAGUUAUUUUUGCAUCAUCUUCAAAAUUCGAGGACUCUCAGAAAUCAUGAUCAGCAUUUUCUGGAUGUUUCCAUUUCGGAAUUUUUACCCCCAUGUGCCGGACGGGGGAUAUAAUAUUAGCUUGCACUGUCAUUAUUGUACGUACUUUUGUACCUGUAAUCAAUGUAUUUGAUAAACAAACUAUAUUAUUCGUCAAUAAUACAUCGUAUCUUCUACGUUUA